AUGACUAAUGACAAUGGCACAAAACUUGUGGAUAUGGCCAUAGGGAAAGGUCUUAAAGUCAAGAGUACAAUGUUCCCGCAUAAGAACAUACAUAAAGGGACGUGGGUGUCACCUGAUGGUAGGCACGUAAACCAAAUAGAUCAUAUAUUAAUAAAUGAGAGAUUUGCCAAUAACAUAACGGAUGUAAGAACAUACAGAGGAGCUGACUGCGACUCAGACCAUUUCCUAGUGGCUAGCAACCUUAGGGUUAAGCUAAAAACAAUGAGUAGGAAUAUGAGACCGGAAAUUGUCAGGUAUGAUGUAGAGAAACUCAGGGAUAGUAGGAAAGCUAGAGAAUUUCCAGAGAACAUACAGAAAAUGGCACGAGAAUUUAACUCAAAUCCCGAAACAGUAGAUGAGCAAUGGAAAAUAAUUAAACAUACCCUUGGAAAUGUGUCGGAGAAAGUUUUAGGGAAAGCCCAUAGAACGAAGAAACCCUGGUUUAAUGCUAUAUGCCAAGAAGCCCUGAAAAGAAGGAAAAUAGCAAGAGAAAGAUGGUUAAAUGAUGCUAACAAUCAGGAAGAAGAAAGAAUCUUUAGAGUUAAAAGAAAAGAAGCUCAUAACAUUUUUAGAUGUGAAAAGAGAAAGUAUGUUCAAAAUGUAAUAAGGGAGGCAGAACAAGAUUACAGGUCACACAAUAAACGGCAGCUAUAA